CACACAUCUAUUGACAGCAAUGAGUGUGAAGCAUUAACAAUGGCGAGCUCUGUGCAUAUAAACCAAGCACUUCUCAUCACCCCUUCCGAGCCAACUCCAAAUCACAUUCUCCCACUUUCCGCCUUGGAUUCUCAGCUCUUCGUGCGUUUCACCUUUGAAUAUUUGCUCGUUUACGAACCCCGGCCCGGAGCCGAUCGACACGCCAUCGCACACAAUGUCAAGUCCGCCCUGGCCCGGGCCCUCGUGCCCUACUACCCGCUCGCGGGGAGGGUGCGGGCCCGGGCCGACGGGCUGGGCCUCGAGGUCGUCUGCCGGGCCCAAGGCGUCGCCUUCAUCGACGCCACCUCCACCUCCACCACCGUCUCCGAGUUUGAAUCGGCCCCGCGCCACGAGGCCCAGUGGUGGAAUUUCUUGUCCUUACACGUGGCGGACGUCCUAAUUGGGGCCCCGCCGCUCAUCGUGCAGUUUACGUGGCUGCACGAUGGGGGCGCCGCCCUCGCGGUGGGCUUCAACCACUGUCUCUGCGAUGGCAUCGGCAGUGGUGAGUUCCUCAACUCGUUCGCCGAAUUGGCCCUCGGCCAGCCCGCCUUGCGGGGGCCGAGGCCCAUAUGGAGUCGCCAUCUCCUGGACCCGGUGGGGCCCAGCCGUGUUGGCUCGCUGAGCCUCCUAGAGUUCGAGAGCGUCCCAGAUAUCUCUGGGCUCGCCGCCCGUUUCUCUUGGGAGAGGCUCGUCCCCACAUGCAUCACGUUCGAUAAGAGCAGGUUGGAUGAGAUGAAGAAGCUGGCGGGGCCGGGCCGCACGUCGUUCGACGUUCUGUCGGGCCAUGUGUGGCGGAGCUGGGCGAGGGCGCUCGACCUGGCUCGCGACCAGCGAGUCAAGCUCGCGUUCAGCGUGAACGUAAGGCAGCGAGUCAGGCCGAGCCUGCCGAGCGGGUACUACGGCAAUGCGUUCGUGCUCGGGUGCGCCGAGGCACGCGUGGCGGACUUGGCCGAGAAGGGGCUGGGGUUCGCGGCGGAGGCGGUGGCGGGGGCGAAGGAGAGGGUGGGGGAGGAGCGCGUGAGGGAGGUGGUGGAAUCGGUGAGUUGGAAGCGGGCGAGUGUUGACCCGGUGGGGGUGCUGGUUCUGACCCAGUGGUCAAGGCUGGGGCUGCAGAGUGUUGACUUUGGAAUGGGGAGGCCGGUUCAAGUGGGCCCGGUUUGCUGUAGCAAAUACUGCACAGUGUUGCCGGUUUGUGGGGUGGACAAUGCACUCAAAGUCAACCUGGCGGUCCCACUCACUGCGCUUGACCAAUACCUCUAUUUUUUGACAAACAUUGACGUAUAAUAAUAGAAUUUACAAUAACUUAUCCUCAAGAAAAAAAAAAAAAAUAGGUGUUAUUUUUAUUUUCUCUUUUUUUUGGGGAUGUUCUGGUAAAAUAAGUUUACCCAUGAAAUUAAAUUUAUAUGUAAUUGGAUGAAAAAAAUUGUCCUUUUCUUUUUGGAUUAACAAUAGAUUAUGAUCAAUUGAUCAUUACCCACCAAGACAAAA